AUCUCGCGACUGAAACAUUCACGUGUCGUUAUGGUCACACUAGCUUUUAGCUAAUCAACAAAAUAGCUCAGAAAAUGCGGGUUCAAAAGAAUAAGGAGAAGAAAAAAGUAACUGACGACCCUGUUAAGAAUUUUGAGAAAUGGAAAAAGAAGUAUGAUAAAACUAAGACCCGAGUCAAACGAGUAAAACAGACGACUAAGAAGAAACGCGACUGGGAGGUCGAGAGAGAAAACAUCCAGAGACUGGUGAAUAAAUACUCAGAGAUCAAUCCCAAAGAGGCUGUGAAGUUUUCUGAUUUUCCACUUUCUAAGAAGACUCUGAGAGGUCUCCUUGAGGCUCGGUACAGGCAGCCCACAGAGAUUCAAAGGCAGACUAUUGGCUUUGCUUUGCAAGGAAGAGAUGUUCUUGGUGCUGCAAAGACGGGCUCUGGAAAAACCUUGGCCUUUCUCAUUCCAGUUUUGGAGUGCUUGCACCGUGAACAGUGGACUGCGAUGGACGGCCUCGGUGCUCUCAUUAUCUCUCCCACACGAGAACUGGCCUAUCAGACGUUUGAGGUGUUGAGGAAGGUCGGCAAGAAUCACGAAUUUUCCGCUGGACUUAUAAUUGGUGGCAAGGAUCUGAAAGAUGAAUCUGAGAAAAUCCAUCGCACAAAUAUCAUCAUCUGCACUCCAGGACGUCUACUGCAGCACAUGGAUGAGACCUCCACCUUUCAUGCUUCAAAUCUGCACAUGCUUGUGCUGGAUGAAGCUGACAGGAUUCUGGACAUGGGUUUUGCUGACACCCUCAAUGCUAUUGUGGAAAAUCUCCCAAAAACACGACAGACCCUUCUCUUCUCCGCUACUCAAACCAGAUCUGUCAAAGACCUGGCUAGACUGAGUCUGAAGAACCCAGAGUAUGUUUGGGUCCAUGAGCUGGCCAAGUUCAGUACCCCUGCCACUCUGGAGCAGAACUAUGUGGUGUGCGAUCUGCACCAAAAGGUCAACAUGCUCUACUCGUUUAUGAGGAGUCACCUUCAGAAGAAGAUCAUAGUCUUUUUUGCAUGCUGUAAAGAGGUUCAGUAUCUGUUCCGGGUGUUCUGCCGCUUACGUCCAGGUAUCUCCGUACUUGCUCUGCAUGGCAAACAGCAGCAGAUGAAGAGGAUGGAGGUUUACAAUGAUUUUGUCCGCAAAAGAGCUGCUGUACUUUUUGCUACAGAUAUUGCUGCCAGGGGGCUUGAUUUCCCAGCUGUGAAUUGGGUGUUGCAGUUUGACUGCCCUGAAGAUGCAAACACAUAUAUCCACAGGGUUGGGAGAACGGCCAGGUAUAAAGAGGGUGGCGAGGCUCUUCUGGUCCUGUUGCCCUCGGAGGAGAAGGGCAUGAUUGCACAGCUUCAUGAAAAAAAGGUUCCCAUCAACAAAAUCCAGGUUAACCCAGAGAAGGUGUUGUCUGUACAACAGAAGCUGGAGGCCUUCCUGGCCCAGGAGAAAGAGCAGAAGGAACGAGCGCAGAGGUGUUUUGUGUCCUACCUCCGCUCUGUUUAUCUGAUGAAGAACAAAGACGUCUUUGAUGUUUUUCAGCUUAAACUCUCUAAAUAUGCCAUGUCACUGGGUUUGGCCGUGGCACCACGGGUCCGUUUCCUCAGUAAGGCCCAGCAGCAGAGGAGCGGUGUGCAGAACGAUGACAGUGCUGCAGGAGGCGAGUCUGAAGAUGAGCUGCAGAGUUUUAAAGACCAACUCAGAGGAGAACUGCCAGAGUCUCAGCUCUCACAGUCUGAGGAGGAAGAUGAUGAUGAUUAUGAAGAGGAGGAUGAGGAGAGAGUGAAGCCUGCAGCUCUGCUCUGUGGCUUUAGUGAAGAGGAGGAGGAUGAAGACUUAUUGACGGUCAAGCGUAAAGAUGUGUUCAAUAUCAGUGAAAGCAGCCAGAAUGAAGAGGACACAGAUGCUCAAGCCAAGAAAAAGAAACAAAAGGAGUCCAAAUUCACGGAGGCAAAGAAGAUAAAGAAAAGAAACUUCAAAGUUAACACCAAGAAGAUCUUCACUGAAGAUGGAGAGGUGGUACAGCAGUGGCCUCCACUGCAGAGAACCAUGGUACGAGAUAACGAGGCGGCAGACGAGGAGACAUCGGGCAUUAAUGUGGAGGCAGCCAAGGAACGACUCCGCAAAGAGGACCAGGAGUUUGACAAGAUUGAGUUCCGCCGUAAAAUCAAAGAGAGACACAGGGAGAAAAGGCUGAAGGAGAAAGCAGCUCGAAGGGAGGCCAGCAAACAGCAUAAAGAGGAGAAAAAGAAAGCUGCUGAUAAUGAUAAAGUUGAUGACGAUGAUGAUGAGGAGGAGGAGAUGGUGGCAUACCUGUCUGGUGCUGAAGAAUUUGAUCCCAGCACCCUGCCUGAUCCCGACAAAGUGUGCGAAUCGGAGUCUUCCUCUGAGGACGACAGUGAUGCAUCAGAUCAUGCUGGAAGGAAGAGAACCUUCAGCGGCAGUGAGGAGGAUUAUAGUGAAGAUGAAGAGCAGCAGAGAGCAUUAGGCAGGAAGAAACCCAAGAAGGAGGCCAUAGUUACUCAUCUGGACACUGGUCUUUCGCUGGCUGAAGAUGAGGAGCUUGUGUUGCAUCUUCUUGGAGGUCACAGAUAGUGGCUUUAAAAGCAGAACCAUUUUCCCAGUAAUCUCUUUAGAAUUCCAUUGAAUGCUUAUUCAGUGUACCUGUAUGCUGAGUUUAUACAUUAUAAAAAUGCCCCUUUCCUAAUAAAAUUCUAUCCUGAUUGUGAA